ACCCCCCAACCAAAUACCAAUGAUCCAGACCCCACCCCCCAAACCAUCGAAGCCAUCUCCGCCUUCACCGCAACCCUCCACAACACCGCAACAUCCUACACGACCCCACUCGUCGACCGCGCGCACACACUAACCACCAACGCCACGAAUCUCGAAAGGCAACAACUCGACGUGGAAAAGUCCACGGCUGCGUUGGCGAAGCAGAAUGAUGCCCUGGCUAGGGUUGCGGAGGAGGCGAGAUUGGGAUUGAAGGAAAUCGGGGAUGUGCAGAAUUGGGCGGAGGUUAUUGAAAGGGAACUUUUGGUGUUGGAGGAUGUGGUGGGGGGUUGGAGGGGGUGGUUUUGGGGGGAGGGGGAGGUGGGGAAAGGGAAAGGGAAGGAUGAUGGGGUUAGAAAUGGAGGUGAAGGUCAGGGUGAGAGUGAGAGUCAGGGUGGUGCUGAGGGUGGGAAAGGGUCUGGUUGGCUUAAGUGGUGGUGAUGGUGUUUGUUCUAUUUGGUUUGCUUGUUUGCCUGUUUGUCAAGGUUCUACAUAUCGGGUCUAUCUAUCAUUCCACUCAGUCCCUUCAGCCGGGAGAUAGUAGUGUCUCUUUUGGUCCAACUUGGAAGAUUGACGUUAUAUAUGAUAAGUGCUACAGCUACAGCUAUACUGCACUGUAGCUACGCAGCUGCUCUGCUAAACCUCGUUCGAUGGAUACUCCACCCCCUCCAACCUCCC